AUGGCCUGUCCACGAUUCCUGCCGCUGACCCUUCUCUUGAAGAUCAUCGCCAGCAGCAUCUGCCAAAUAGCCCAGCCAACACCUCUUUUGCCCGACAAGACACGAACCGUCUUCCCCCGGUCAAAAAGUAACAAAGCUGCCCAUAUCAACUUGCUCCGGUCCUUUGAAGCGGCUCGAAGCAACUCAACACCCAAAAGUGUCAAUAUGGCGACCAUGGCUACUGCUGCUCGCGAUAUCGCGACGACCUCCUCCCCCUCUCCCGGCCGAGACAACUUAACUGCUGUAGCGGCCGCCCGGAGUGUCCCUGUGACGACCCAUCCAAACAACCUGCCGACUCCCCCCAACUCGAUAUCUCCCAACCUGCCUCCGGUAGGCCUUCGCGCCCACCUGAUGAGGGCGGGCGUCGAGCCCUCGGUCGACUCCGACCUGGAACUGCACGACCGCGACGCUCACGACGAUGAGCACUCCGGUCCGGGAUCGCCCCCGUACGACUCGGCCGGAGCCAUCACGUCAGCAAUGCUGGCCAACUGCCACCUGCCCGAGAUCCUGCUGGGUCAGGGCCCGUUGCCGAUUCGCCACAUUAUGGGUUAUCUGACCACCACGGUCCCCGGCUUCGCGGGCAUCCCGCCUGCCAAAGCCCGGAGGCUGGUCGUGGCCGCGCUAGAGGGAAAGGGAAACGGUGGCGUGGGCAGCGGCCCGGAUGGUGACGUAGAGUUUAUCAAGGUGGGCUGGGGACGGUGGCAUGCGAAGCGGAGGGGCCAGGGCAGCAGAGCUACAGCUGCUGCCUACGACCCUCCCUCGCGCCGCACGUCGCCCGGCGGGAGCUCCUACCCGACAAGCAUCCCUAUCAACAAGGGCGGCCCCGGGUGGCACCACUUGGACCGGUCUCGACUCGCAGCCAUGCUCGGGACGAGCGCCGGCGGCGCCUCAUCAGCAGCCUUCUCUCAUGACGACCGUCUCAACGAAGACCGGUUCAUGAACAUGAUGGACCACGAGGCCGACAAAAUGUCGCUCGACGGAUCCGGAUCCGCAUCGUGCUCCGAGGCGCCUGAUGAGGACUUUCCCAUGGACCGCGACGACCCCGAGGACGCAACCGACGACGAGGACUGGGCAGCCGUCGGUGCGGCGGCGCUUCGAGCGUCAUCCUAUCAGGCCCAGUCCGACAACCAAAGACACCUCUCCCCUUUCAACAACGUAUAUUCUUCCAGCAUGCGCUCCUUCUCCGGCGGCAUGGCGCGGCCACCUCAGCUCAACUUCAAGAUCCCACCAUCGGGCUUGGCGGGAGUCAUGGUGGCCGACGCACAGGAGCGCGACGCCGUGGAGGCUCUUCUUCAGCUUGGAUCUGUCUAAUAGCAUCUUUUAUCUGCAUAUAUGGCUCGGCGUUUUCAACAAGUGGGCGGGGCAAGCAUCAUCAUCAUCAUCACAUCUUCACUCAUAUCACGAAAACAAACCAACCAUUCGACAAACAAACCACAAUACAUAUACAUACAAUUCCCUGUCGUUUGGUUGGCGAGUUGUUCUGGGAAGCGGAGCAGGGGGAGUAGGGUUGGUUUCACUUCUUUUCUCAGGGCGCUGGAGGCUUUGUUAAUACCUUUUUUUAUUUAUUAAAGCCUGGAUGUUGUGCACCAGGAAACGUUUAUAAUUCAUGGUU